AUGAAAAAUAUAAUUAAUAAAAAAUUUGAUAGUAUAUCUGAAUAUAUUUAUAUGAAUAAAAAUGGGAUGUUAUUUUAUAGAUCAUAUUUAUUUUUUUUGACUUGGUAUUUUAUUGGAAUUUUUUAUAUAUCUCUAAAAUAUACAUAUCAGAAUAAAGCUGAAGAGAAAAUACAAUAUGAUUGUAUAUAUUCAAGAAAUUUAUGUGAGAUAAAAAAAGGAGUUUUCGAGUCAUUUCGAAAUAAAAUUUGUAAAUAUAAAUUAUGGAAUAAAAAGGAUGAUUUAAAUAAAAAAAAAAAAAAUUAUAAAGAGAAUAAUGAAGAUUCUAAGGAAAAAAAUAUAAGUAAGAAUAAAGAUUCUUGUAAUAAUGUAACUGACACUAAUAGUAUGAAAAAAGAAGAUUCUAUAAAAGUUUAUAAUAAUAAUUUUACAUCAAAACAGUUAACAAAAGAAGAAUUAUAUGAUUUAUUGUAUACUUUAGUAGAAGUUCCAGAAAGAGAAAUUCUUCUUCUUUUGUGGAACCAGACACUUGGAUUAUAUAAUGAACAAUUAGAAGAUUUAUUAAAAGAAAUAUAUAAUUGUUUACCAAAUCGUAUUUAUAGAAACCAAAAGAAUAGCAAAGGUAGAACCUUUUGUAAACUUAUAAGCCGUAAAAAGAUAUUUGAUGAAUUUGUUAUUAAUUGUAGAGAGGAAUUAGCAAUAAAAAAAGUAGAAUUAACAAAAGGUUAUUAUGAUUUACUUAAUAAAAAAAAGAAAAUGGAUGAUAUAAGAAAUUUUAUUUUUUCAUGUAUAGAACAAUAUGAGAAACUUAUUAAUGAUUUUUGUAAUAAAUAUAAAAAGGACGCUCUUUCAUUAAAAUAA